AUGAUCGCUCAUGGUGUUCUUGCAUCGCUGGCCUUCGUCAUUUUCUUUCCUUUUGGUGCUAUUAGCAUUCGGUUGUUCAGCUUCCCAGGGCUUCUCUGGUUCCAUGCCAUCGUUCAGGUCGUUGCGUAUCUCCUCUUCAUCGCGGCAUUCGGAAUUGGUAUCUAUCUUGCCACACAGAUCCACAGGCUCGAUCAAGCUCAUCCAGUCAUCGGUAUUGUGCUUUUCAUCUUGAUCUUCUUUCAGCCUGUUCUUGGUUAUAUGCAUCAUCGCCUCUUCAAGAAGUACAAGCGCCGCACAUUCUGGUCGCACGCUCACAUCUGGCUUGGUCGCAUCAUCAUCACUCUCGGCAUAAUCAACGGCGGUCUUGGACUUGAUCUCGCAAACAACUCGCGCAAGGGCGAGAUCGCUUACGGUGUCGUUGCUGGUAUCGUAUAUCUUGUCUACAUCAUCAGCAUCUUUGUUGGCGAAUCCAAGCGUAGAAGAGACAGAAAGGCGGCUGUCCGUGCUGAGGCCGAGCCAAAGAGGAGCGAUAGCGAUUCGAAUGAUUCCCAUGCGCCAGGACUUAGGACCAACUAUUAUGCUUAG